AUCAAGAAAGAGGGAAAGAGAGAGAGGGAGAGAGACACUGAGAAAUCCCUGGAGACAUUGAGAGAGGGAGAGAGAGGAGCAGACAGAGAGAGAGAGAGAGGAGCAGACAGAGAGAAAGAGGAGAGAAAGAGAGGAGCAGACAGAGAGAGAGAGAGAGAGAAGAGAAAGAGAGAGAGAGGGGAGAGAGAGAGGAGAGAAAGAGGGAGAAGGGGAGAGAGAGAGAUAGAUAGAGUAGACAGAGAGAGAGAGAUAAAGAGAGAGGGGGAGAGAGAGAGAGAUACAGGAGCAGACAGACAGAGAGAGAGAGGGAGAAGCAGACAGGAGUAGACAGAGUGAGUGAGAGAGAGAGAGAGAGAGAGAGAGAGAGAGAGAGAGAGAGGGAGAGAGAGAAAGAGAGAGAGAGGAGCAGACAGAGAUAGAUGGAGAGAGACUGAGAAAUCCCUCGAGACAGAGAGAGAGAGAGAGAGAGAGAGAGAGAGAGGAAGAGGAGCCGGUCACUCGGCGCAGAGACACGAAGGCUGGUUCUUACCGAACGGAACCGAACAGUCAAAGUAACAGAACUAUACGACUGAAGAACAACAUCAGCAAAGUAAAUGUAAAGACUGUGCGGCCACUUUGAUAGUGAGCCGAUAGAGAGAUAGAGAGAGAGAGAGAGAAGAGAGAGAGAGAGACACACACAGAGCGAUAGACUGGCUGGCUGACCGGCUGCGGAGGAAGAGGAGGAGAAGGAGGUGGAGAGAACCGACGGGAGGAGGACGGACGCAGCGGAGGAAGGAAGCAAGCAGAGGAGGCUGGAAGAGAAGCAGAGGAAAAGGGAGGAGGAUUCUCUGGAGUUCUCCGGUGCUCCCCUCUCGCGCUCCUCCACCCCGGCCCGCGGAUGUCUGCUCUCCGGCGGCUGUAAAUGUUGAACUUGAUGGGUGUUCCAAACACCACCGCCGCCAAUGUCUCCUGCACUUGUAACUGCAAGCGCCUCACCUCGCUCCAGAGCAUGGAGAUCACCCAGCUGGAGUUCGUCCAGAUCCUGGUGAUCGUGGUGGUGAUGAUGGUGAUGGUGGUGGUCAUCACCUGUCUGUUGAACCACUACCGCCUAUCAGCACGCUCGCUCCUCUCCAGACACGCCCCCACGCGCAGGAGACACCUGCCGCUGGCCAACGAGGGCAGUCUGUGGUCGUCUGAGGGCACCGGGACAAACAGUGGUCUGAAUGAGCUAUAAUUUGAUGUUGUUUGUUCAUGGCACCAGGUGUACAACCCUCGACCGCCGGACCGAGGCGUCCACUCGUCCUACCUUCAGCGGGAGCCGCCACACGGCCAGUCGCAGCCCGCCCUCCAGUCGCAGCGCUUCCAGCACACGUACGCCCCGAGUCGCUUCCAGCCGACGUACCCCUACCUGCCCCAGAGCCUCAUCGACCUCCCCCCCACCAUCUCCCUCUCAGACGGAGAAGAGCCGCCGCCCUACCAGGGCCCCUGCACCCUGCAGCUCCGAGAUCCGGAGCAACAGAUGGAGCUGAACCGCGAGUCGGUCCGAGCGCCGCCCAACAGAACAGUGUUCGACUCCCAUCCCCUGGACCCAUCCAACUCCUGUCUGCAGGCCAGUCUGCAGGCUCCUCCCCCGAGCGUCCAUUCGGGCAUCAGUGUGUUAGAAGCCCAGGAGGCCUUGUCCCGGCACCAGAAGCAGGGCUCUCGAGUAGAGGGUGCACCCCCGGCCUACAGCGAGGUGAUCGGGCACUACUACCACCCGACAGCCCUGAACUCCAGCCACAACCAUCGGACUGUUCCAUCCGCACAAGCACCCCCGUCCUCGCUCAUACAUGGUCUGAUCCGACCUCCGCCUCAGCAGCAAGGAAGUGUGGACAACAGGAACGCAAGGAAUACAAAGGAGAAAUCCCAGAAGCCCCAGCAAGUGUGACAGUACUGUUUCCUCUUUUCUAGCCCGCAGGAAGGAUUAUGCCUCGCCACUUUGGGGAAACGGUCAGCAGCCAACAAGGAACAACCUGGUCGGUGGUUAACUCCACAGGUUUAAGGGCUGGUUAGUUGUGGUCGUAGCUGACACGGUUUCCCCUCAUCACGGAUCGGGCUAGGAGCGAGAGGCAGCAGCGCACGCCGGCUUCUCGUUAGGUAGGAACAUCUGGAACCCGCAUCAUUCCUGCAGAGCAUGGGCGCAGGAGAACAUCUGGUACUUCCUGCUCCACAGUUUCCUGUGCACUUCGGAUGAACCGAUGAUGAUGUCCGAGAAGGAGGUUGAAGGGCGGAGGCGGGGGAGAAGGCGGAUACAGAUGCCUCCUUCUCCCCCACAGCAACUCCUCUCGCUGCAGCUCAUCGCUCCUCCACGAUUGAACUAGCCUUCACUCAAUAUAAAUAUUUACUCGUUCUGUUUGUUUCUGUAGAACUUUCUCUUUGUUUGUUCGACGCUUACAGGAUCAUUUCUAUCCAGGCAAACGUUGAAAUGUUGCAGUCUCCUUGGUUCUUCCAGGAUUUGUUUUGUUUUCUCGUGAUAAUCCCCCCCCCCUCGCUGCUUUGACUCCAGUAAGUUUGUUCCCGACUGCACAGUUCAGCGUUUGGCGGCGACUCCUGCAACAGGCUUUAGCUGCAUCACUGAGACACGUUAGCACUCAACCAUAUUCACACAAGCUAGAUGUCGCUAGCAUUACUUUAAAACUAGCUUACGAGUUGUAGCACAGUGCUAAAAAACGUCCUCGAGCUAAACAUCAUGCCUUAUAUCGACCAACUGAUGCAGGAGUUGUCGCUUAAAUCUUUCCCUUUUUUUUGUUUUAUGUUUUCUGAAGAAGGUUUGCACAAAGUUCAAGACUGUUGACCCCAGAAAAAACCCGCAAUAUGAUUGAUAAGAGAGAAAAUAGAGAAAGUAGGGGUAUUUUUCUAAACUAGGUGGAUUCUUAUCAGUGAAGAUGUUUUUUUCUGUUUGUUUUUAUAUGUUGUGUAGUUUUAGAAAAAAAGAAAAGAAACAAACAUCUGUAAUCUGUUGGGGUGCCAACUUUCACGUUGAACAUUUUUGCUACAUACAUGUUGGCAUGUAUAUAUGUUACAAAUGGACGAUAUAUACACACACAUGUAUGCAAACCGAGAGCAAACUUAAAAGCACGAACUUAGAGUUAUUUAUAUAAUUGCUAAAAAGAAUUGCACUAUUUUUUAGUACGCGCAGAUGGAACGUGUGAGAGAGACUUUUAUUGUGAAGGAGCUCUGUCCAUUGAGAAACAAAUACGAAGAGAGAAACCGUGGAGGGGGGGGGGUCCGAGUCAGUGCACAGCGGCGAGUAUCAUGAGAACAUAUCACGGGAGAGAUUCUGACUUUGAUUCAAAGGACUUGGAACAACCAUUACUGUACCAUUGAUAUGAAACUAAAAAAAUUAAAAAUCCCUGGUUUAUGCAAAUGUCCGAGUCCUGCGAGCCAACCACAAGUCAGCGUCCAACCGAACCUGUGGGCCCAAUCAGAAACCCUGCUCGAAGCUCUCUCUCUCAUCCUAGUGGCCGAAUCGUUAGCCAAUCCCAAAGCCCAAAGCCGGCUGUCACUACCUCGACCAAACAAGUCAAGCACAUACGAGUUUGCUCACAUUAAUCAGACGUUGUCUCAUCGAACAAAAGUCUGAACUAAUCAAGACAAUGUGUAUUGUAACAGUGAAAGAAAUUAGAGUAGUUUUAAAAAUCCUGCUGUGUGUUAUUUUAUUUUGAAUGUCAGACUAGUUGUUUGUUUGUCGUGUGAGAAGAGAGCGGGAACGACGCAGGUUCAGUGACGCCAGGCCAGGUCGCCCGAAAUGAGUGAUACGCCGACUGUGCACUGCCGGGGCCACACACACAUGAACACAACGUUUCUGCAGUUUCAUUUAGAGUCGCAUCUCUCCUGCCUUUUCAACACACACACACACACACACACACACACACACACACACACACACACACGAGUACCCACAAUCCCCUCUGGCGAGUUUCUCUCUUGCAGGCAUCUCUGAGCACUUUACGGCACCAGGAAGGAGACAACCAUUUUGUGUCAGCCAGCCUCGGCCAGAAUAAAACUUAGAAACUUCAGUCAAACCUUUUAAAUUGAGUUUAGAUUAAAUUCUCUGAUCUUCUUUAACUUCUUCGUGCUGGACGCAGCGCAGGAUGAGUUGUUUUAAACAAGACACGCUGAAGUGUUGAAAAGUGACACGAGUGUUAAUAGCAACUCAUCUUGUGUCAUCUCCUGAACAGUGGAAAUAAAGGUUGGAUAAUCAUUAAAGUAGAAACUUAACGUAUCUCUAGUUUUAGUCCUUUUUUAAGUUGCUGCUCGUAUAUGAAAAAGUUCCCGUAGUGACCUUCACUCUUUCAACCCUGGUUAGUUUGUAUUGAUGUGAAGGAACCACAGCCCAAAUGAAGCCAGCGCCCUCUAGUGUUCAGUCUUUAUGCAACAGCGCCCUCCAGAGGGAACCAACCAAACAGCAGCCAAAAGCUUAAUUUAUUAGAGGAGAGAUUUAAAGGUUUUAUAAUCUGAUCAUUUGUCUUCUCUUUACUUUUGAAAUCACAGUUGUUCAUCAGUAUCAAUAUAUUCAUCACAUGUCAAACACAAAACAACGAAAUAUUACAAACCUUGAGAUCUUUACUUUCAAAACAGCUGUAAACUGUAGAACCACAUUAUCUUAAGAGAUUAGUUUUUCUAUUUUAAGGAUAUAUAAUUAGUAUAUUGUCAGAUAUAAAUCCUGUGACCACAAUAAAUAGAUAAACUGACUCAGGACAACACAGAACAGAGUGAGAUCUGUAGUUUACUGUUGAAUCCUGAGUUUAACCUCCUGUAAGAAGAAGAAAAGUUAAGACAAAUGAUCAGAAGCCAUUUCUAUCACUUCCCUCUCUCUCGUGUACAUCUCUCUUCUCUCUCUUGUCUGCUGCUGUAGCUCGGCUGCAUUGUGCACUUGAAGAAAAGAAAAAGUCAUUGAAUCAAUCAAAGUUUGAAUCACCUUGUUUGGAGAUAACGAGCCUGGUCCCAAACGUAUUCUCUACCUUUAUUUCCUCACCCCUUCUUUCCUGUCCCGUCCUCUUCUCCCCCUCCAUCACUGUGACCCUUGUUGUUUGGGACCGGCUUCGUUCCCUGUUGAUUAGGGUUUGGUUCCCUGCUCUGGAGGGUUUGCAGCGGGUAUGAAAAGGCUGAACAGGCUCUGAUCAGGGCUGUAGGAGAUUAAACUAGUUAGAAUAAUUUAAAGUUGUGUACCUCAAGUGUAGAUUAAAAUAAAUAUGAAUAGGGAAACUUACGCUGGCUGACGCUACAAAAUAAAAAAACAGGAGGAGGGAAAACAGACAUUUUUCAUGUGAUGCUGACACUGACUUCACCAACACACGUAUGUUUAAACACAGAAACAUUAGAGCAACUCUUUCUAGUUCUACUUUAUGAUGCGGUGAAGCUUCCUGAAAUCUGCAGCCACUGCUUAAACAUGACAUUUAAACUCAUGAGGCAAAUUGGUACUUAUGAUUUCUUUAUGUUUUGGGAGACAUGUUAAGUUGAACUGAUCUAAAUUCAAUAGUGUUCACAAGUUAAACUAAUCAGGGCUCAAAUGUCCCAGACUUGUCCGAGCAGAUGAUAAUCUGUGUGUGUUUGGACGGGCCACACCUUUAUCUUAGCAUUAAAGCUAACGUGAGGGAAGUUAACGUCUCAGUUAGCACAUUAGCCAGCACCGAGUUUUUAUAACCUGACAUUAGACGACCAUGAGUUAACAACACAGACUUGCCCUGGGAAAGACCUCCAGCUGUCUAGACAGAAGCUAAACACACACACUCACACACACACACACACACACACACAGUAGACUAAAUAAACCUACUUAAGAACCAGACCUUCCACACACACAGGUGCACUUUCAUUCAUCCACACACGCUUAUUAUGGACCACACAAGAUAGAGAAAACGUGUAUCUCUCUCUCACACACACACACACACACUUCCCUCUUCCUGUCUGAACGAGCUCUACCUGUUCCCUAGAGAUACCUGCCGUCCAAUGACAGAGCUCCCUUCCAACCGGCCCUUGCCGCUAUUGGCCGGCCGUCUUUUCGGUCUCCCUGGAAAACGUCCGUCGUAUAUUAUUGUUGCUAUGUCGUUACAAGUGUGCCUGCCUGUGCUGAGACGGGCAAAAUGUGAGUGGCUAGUUUGGGCUGUCAAUCAUCCCAGGCCACGCCUCCUUACUGUCUCAUGUGAUGAUUGGAUGAUGAUGAUGAUGAUGAUGAUGAGAUUGAGUAUAGUGACGAUGAAGAUGUUUUUGAUAGUGAUGCCGCAGAGAGCGUUGCAAUACACCUACUAUUUGCCUUUUUGAUAAUAUUAGUCAUAUUAACGUAGUGUGCUAAAUGUAAUUUUUUUUUUAAUUGUUGUUUUUAAUUGUUGUUUAUUCACUUGAGAACAAAAAAAAAGGUCAUUUUAUUAUCAAUCCACUGAUCACACAGAACUUUUCUUUUUCCAUUUCUAAAAACCAACGUCGACAGAGUAAAGCUACCUAACACGCGAUCGCUGCAGAUCCCGGGGGAGGACGUGUAAAUACCAGAACUCCUGCUUUCAAAGUGACCUUUUCCAGUUUGAUGUGUGCAUGUUAGCCGCGCCGCUGUGAGUGUGAUUCACGUACGACACCUGAGAUCAGCUAAUGUUCGAUCGUUGCUGCUCUCACACGUACAACUUGAAGUACGAUUCGUUGUGCGCGCUAACCCAGUCUACACGCUACAUGGCUAAUCAUCACGUCUCCUCGCCUGGCCCAGCGUCUACACGUGUGCCUUCUGGUGUCCGGUCUCAACAAGGAGACUGUACCCGACUGUAAAAACACAUCACGGUGCAAAAAAACUGUUCAAUUUCUCUGUUUUUGUUGUCGUCAGAUUUCGAACGGCAGCAAAAUAUCAGAAAACAGACCCUACUUCUGUCGGGAAAGUAUGGAAGAUCAUCCAUGCCAGAAAAAUACAGAAGAAUCGACUCAACUUCAGAAUUCACCUGCUGUUUCUGUGGUCAACAAUGUCCUUUGAUCUCAAUUUAAAAGCUAACGUGGAAAUAAAAGUUCUUCAAUUUCAUCCGAUUCUUUUUUUUCAAUUCCAACAAUUCCUUUGUCGACAACUUUGAAACAGCUCCAUCUGCUGGGGAGACCUGUGCACUUCACUUAAAAGCAACAAUUGAGUCUCAACCCUGAGAUGAAAAAAUGCUUAUUCAAAAAUGUGAUCUUCUGUGAUUUAUUGUAAAGUUUGUAUCUGUUCUGAAUAUAUAUAUUUUAUCAUUCCAACGCUUUGGUCAUUUUUCUGGCAUGAAUGAACUUCCAUAAGUUUCUGGUAACCCCUCGGCCGCCACUGAAGUCGACGAUGACCAGUUGGUCUGCGUUGGACUCGUCUGACCUCUCGUAGAGAAUCUGCAGCUCAGUUUCCUGUCUUCAGUCUCGUUUAAGACAUUUUUCCAAAGAAGGAAUCAUCCUAAACAAAACUCUUGCAUCUGUAAAAAAAAGAGUUACUUCUGACUUGAACUUUUCUGUUUCUUUCAUUUCUUUGGACGAACGUGUUGCUUCAGACGCCUUUUUCCAGUUUCUCUAAGUACUUCAGUCACACAGGUGAACCCAGUCGUACUCGUUUGAAGGAGGAGAAACAACAUUGUACAACAAACACUUGAUAGUAAACUGGAGAAAGGUGAAUAAUAAAGCAGAUGUUUAGCUCCUUUGUGUGUUUGCUCAUCCUGCAUCGUGGUGGUUCUUGUUUCCUCGCUCUGCUCUGAAUCAGCGCCGCGCGGCGCCUCUCCUCUGACAAUGUUAAAGAAAAUAUACGAAUACACUCUCUUUCGGUUGCAGUAUGUAUGUGUGCGUAUUUAAACAAGCCUCGAUAUCUUGCAGGACACAACGCUCGUCCGCCACAGUGACUAUUGUAGAAGUCUUCCACCCGUCGUCGAGUUUAAUCCUGCACGCAUGUUAAAUGUGGGACUUGUACAAUAGAUCCGUUUGUCGUGGUCAGGAUUCCUUCAUGCGUCUGGUCCUGAGCUCUGAGAACCUUCAGUCCGGACGGAGCAGACGUCACAGACAACAUGAAGGAGCCCUGAUCUGCUCUUGUAGAAAAAUGAUGGAUUCUCCUGAAUUUAAAUGAAGCACCGGGCUCAUUCCUCUCCCUCUGCAGCACAGCGGGGGGGAGAACGAGAGAUGAACCCGGUGCUGGGAGGUUCAGGCUUUGAAUCUGUUUUCUGUCACAGCAUGGCUCGCAGUUAUAUAGAGGCCUACUUAUUCUCAAUGAUGAUAAUUGCUUAUUUGUGUAUUAAAACAGUUUAUUUUAAUUUAUAUUGGAUGGUCUACGUGUUGCUGGGUUUGUUAUUUUCUUCUAUGUUUGUUACAAACAGAAGACAAUGGUUUAUCGUUGUUGUCACAGAACAUGGUAUGAAUCGGACACAUUUCAGUUAGCCUUCGAUUUAAAAAACCAAUAAAAAAGUUUUAUAAAUA